AUGAUUUACAAAAAUAAAGGAGAGAAUACGACGGAACUCGCUUCUCUAUUAAGAGACCAGCUCAAUUAUUCAAAAAUAGAACUUGUGGAAGAUUUGGAAGAAGAGGAAGAAGGCUUGGUGUCGUAUGCUCUCGGUGCUUCUCAAAAGCUAGUUCCUUAUUUACCGGACAUGAAUACAUACAAAAUAUCUCUCCAACUUGUAAGGUCAGAAGAGAGUGAAUCCUCGUCUCUCACUCGGAAAGAGUUUGUUUCUGCCAUUUCGAAUUUUAUCGGAGACAGUCGACAAGAACAGCAGCAACCACUCACCCCCUUGGAUUCGUCCUCUCUUACAGAGAACUCGGAGAAUUCAGAGCCCGCGAAUCCACCGGAUGUCAUCACACGUUCUUAUCCGAUUCACAUCCACAAUAUUUCAAUCAAACAAUUCAAACUCCCACAGAUCGACUUGUCCCUGACCUGCUCUCAGGGUUGUAACGUGUCUCUCUUACUCGAAGACAUCAAGCAAACGCUGCAAGAGCAACUCACAAGGAAAAUUCAAUUCGAUUCUUCGGUCUUUCGAACAGCCCAUUGCGGCAUUACCGAGACUUCUCCACUUUGUGUGGACAAGGAGUGA